AGGUGACACUGCUGACUGCUGGCAGUAGCUGUCAUACUGUGGGUUUAUACGUGUGCGUCGUAGUUUGUCAUUCACUGUGUAUAAUUGACAAAUAAAGGGGUGUUAUCAAUUCGAAGAUAUAUCCAUAGAUCGGGGCACAGUGAUUGAAAAGUGCUAAACAGUCUGAGCCAAUGUUGAAAUGAGGCAAGAGCUCGGAAUGUAUGGAGCCGCGCGGUAUCUUUGGGACCGUAAAUCGCAUCACGCCCCCCGCGGGCACCGUAUUUUCUUUGAUUAAUAAUCAAUGGCUAUAUUUGAGAGAAAAUAUACAAAUAAAGUGCUCCUGGAUGACACCGAGAAGCUCAGCAGCGUUAUUGAAAAUGCCAGAACCAUCGACGGGCACACGGAAUAUGUGAUCAGAACACAGCGCGGCCCACUGCCAGAGAAAUCGUGGCGGGUUAGUAGACGAUACAAUGACUUUGUUCAACUCAACGGGGCGCUGUGCCUGUCGGGUAUUUCGCUGCCACUGCCACCAAAACGUAUUAUUGGUAAUAUGGAACCAGACUUCAUAGCUCAACGACAACUAGCUCUGCAGAAAUAUCUUAACACGGUUCUAAUGAAUCCCAUACUGGCAUCGUCGCUGCCUAUGAAAAAAUUCUUGGACCCUGAUAAUUACACUGCGCCUUUACAUGAGGUCGCGUUGCAGCAGGUGUCAUUAGCAUUACGUAGCGAUGCGAAUUAUGAAGUUGGUAAACCAAUACCAGACAUGGGAUGGAGAUUGAGAAAACAUUAUUACAUGGUUAAAAAUCGUCAGAGUCCAAAGCAGGAGUUAUUAUUAGCUUGGGUAGAAUUCGGUCCUGACAAACAUUUGCAGGACAAAGAUGUUCAUGGGGUUUUCAAGAGCUUAGGAUCACUUCGUCAUAGCUACAUAGAACCAAUAGUUCAUCAGCAUGUAACUGAGAAUGGUGCUUUGACUGUUAGAAAUUUUUAUCCAGAUGGGACAUUAAGAGAUAUUUUAUGCCAUGCCAAGCCGAAGCAACCAUUCAUUAAGAAAUAUGGGAACCCUAAGCAAACAAAAUCAUUGAGCGUUCAGGAAAUUUCCGCGUAUGCCUUCCAGAUACUGGAUGCAUUGGUCUUUUUACACGAGAAGGGGCUGCCGUACGGACAUCUUCACACCGGGAAUGUCAUCUUGACACCGUCGGGGGCAAAACUAUUGGAUAUAGAAAAUGGGCUGCUGGGUUUACCCGCAUUUUACAGACCAUAUGUUGUUCAGAGACGAAAAUUAUAUGCUACGGUUCAAGUUGACGUUUAUUCAUUUGGCCACGUUGUAUAUGAAAUGGCAUUUGGACGGCCUUUGCUUGAGGCCACGUGCUCGGAUUUCUCUCACAGUGAUCCAAACUUGAAAAAUCUCUUAGAAUUGAUCCUGUCUCCUGAAGCAUUGAAGCAGGAUUUGCCCACUGUGGCACAGCUGCUGGAUCAUCCAUUUUUCCAACAAUCGAAAUGCAGGGGUCUCAAUACUUUGGAAAAGCCACAUUUCAAACUCAGCAGUCAUUUGAAGGAUGCAUUAUUGGAAGCGAUCAGUAAGGCCGAGUUACGUUUAAGAGACGAGCAAAAGGUUGCCCGACAUCAGAAGAGAUUAGUAAAAGUUCAGGAAAUGAUGAGUUCUGAGGAAGAGAUGAAGAAACGUAAACAGAAAUUGAAAAAGGAGCAAAAAUUAGCACAAGAACAACGUUCGACAAGUCAAUUGGGUACAAAUGGGAUAAAACAAAUGAAUGGAAAGAGUCCUGAGCGAUCUGAUAGCCCAACUAGUACGUCAACUGCAACUAGUGCUGGAACUUUAACACCUCCAUCACACAGUUCGGUGGAUGUUCACAAUGGGAACACAAAAGGAAAAGUUGUUACCGCUCCACUACCACCGCCAAUGCCAACCGUAUCGCCUGUUACAGAUGACUCAGGGGAGCGCUCAGCCUUACUAGGCAGCAUCUGCACUUUCAAUAAGGCAAACCUGCGCAAGGUAGCUAAUGGUAAUCUGUAAAGUUACUCAAGUUGGUAUUCCGGAAUACAAUAUUUGUAAUUGGAUGAUGUAUUGGACUUGAUUAUUCAGCAGUGAAACAGCUUCAGAUGUUUGUAUUGAUAUACAUUAUACGUAAGAAAUAAUAUAGACGUGAUUGUUCUACGAGGAAGCUGUAUACCAAUUGCGCAUAAAAGUCGUACCUUUUCUCUUAUCGAGUUGAUGCUAACAAGUGAGAAUGUAUAUUUUAUUAUGAUUACGAUUAUUAUUAUUAUUUUAAACCAAGUCGUAUCAUUCCAAAGCAAGUAUCUGCGUUGCCCUUUUUGGUUUAAGAUACUUCGGAGAACAAAUCGUGUUAUAUAAAAAAAAAGAGCAUGGUUAUAUUUACCAAUGACUAAUGUUAUAUUGACGUCAAAUUGGUCUGUUUUUAUUUUUUUUUCAUAUCAUAAGGAAAAUUAGUGAGGUGAGUACUAAUCAAUUGACACGUAUUUAACGAUGGCACUUUGAGAUAAAGUAAUUUGGAAACUCCGAUCAGUUAUGACGUACUAUACUUUUCUCUAAAUUGUCUCUUGCGAUUUUAAGAAUGUCAGUGGUAUUGAAAAGUCA